GAAGAAGCAAGCUGACAGUAGCGAGCGCCACCAGUUGCUGCUGUAAUGUUCGCAAGUCAAACUGGGGAGGAUUGCUCUCGGAAGGCGGUGUCCUGUAUUACUGUUGUCAUUUGGAUAAGGCUGGUGCUUCAUUAUGCGGCGGGGAGAUCACGUCUCACAGGCUUUCCAGGCCCCGGUGGAUGUCCAUGCCAGUGCAGAUGGCCAGAUUUACAUGUUCAAUAAGAGGUCCAAUGAGUCCAGUGUAUCCUCAGAUGAUGAGGAGCUCAACGUCAUGGAGAUGAGGCCGCAGGUUUUCCAAGAACAGGAGCAGGACAAUCUGAGGAACAUCCAGCUGCUGGAGCGGGAGGUGUUAGAUGGUGACAACCUCAACAAGCUUGCACUGCAAUAUGGCUGUAAGGUAACAGACAUAAUGCGGGUGAACAACCUCAUGCAGGAACAAGAUUUAUUUGGGCUGAAAUCCAUCAAAAUACCAGUUCCGAAAUACAGCUUUUUAAGCGAGACAUACACAGGCCUAACUGAGCCCCGAGAAGAAAUACCACAGUCAUCCACCACACUAGUGAAGCCUCAGGACCGAGCCAGAGCCCAGACACAUCUGCAGGAGGUCACAGACUUUCUAAUGGAGGUGGACCACGAUAUUGAGAAACUGAUUCAGACCACGAACGAUCAAGAGGAGGAUUUUUUGGAUAACUCGGAGAUACAGCAGAGGUUUGGUUUCAGAGGACGGCCCCUGAGUCACGGUGCAGACUGGGGCAUCCAGUGGUGGAACGCUGUAGUGGCCAUGCUCCUGAUAGGCAUCGUCCUGCCAUUAUUUUAUGUCAUUUACUUCAAAAUGACUGAUUCACCAACAGAUGGUACAGGUGCUUUAGCAUCCAUCACCUCUUCCAACACAUCAGGGACAGGCCUUGGUACCAAAGGAAAUGAGCAUUUUCAAGAACCAGGAUAAUGCAAACUCCAAAAACCAGAAUAAUGGAAUCAGAAGUAGGUGACGAUCAAGAUAACGCCAAAUCUCUUAACAUUUGAACUCCUUUUGUUGUAUAACUGUAACUGUGAUGCUUUGAGGCAGAGACUUCACUGAUGGUCUUGAAGGGAAAUCACUGCACACUGUUCUCGUUUUUGUGACUAUUCAGGACAUUAACGAUUCAUCAAACGGCUUUCAUAGAGAACCGUUUCCUAAAAUAUUACUCUUGGUACAGUUACCUCAGGUGCUUUUACUAAAUUUGAGGUAUUCAAUGGUUGUGUCUUGAACCCCCUCACAUGACACAAGCUGAAUAGUAAUUGCAAAUGUGAAAAUGUAUUUAGUUUGCACGUCUGGGGGGGGGAAGAAACCUCCAGCUCCUGUAGGCACUUCUGUGUAGGCCUAAGCGUAAUCAUAUCAGUGUCAUAUAUCAGGUGCAAUCUGUCCUAAUACAGUAAUAUAUAUAUAUAUAUAUAUAUAUAUAUAUAUAUAUAUAUAUUUAAAACUUUUGUCUAAAAUAGGAUGAAAUGGGGGGGAAAGCGUGUAAGAGUGAACUGUAUCUGACAUGGGUUUGAGAAUUAAUUGUGUGCCUUGUUUAAUUUAAGUUAUUUGUGGCUUUGUUCAUUCUUUAGUUAUUGCCAUGCACCUCAUGCCUUCUCUCUGGGUCUGAAUACAGUGCCAAACGUAUGAAUUGUGUUUACAGUAAGACUUUGGUGCAAUAUACUUUGUAUUGUAAGAUUGUAUGCGUUCAUUUGACACCUUGCAAUCCUUAGAUACUGUGCAAGCUGUUGCAUUCUGGGCAUUUAAGUGCUCCCUGAAUUAAGUGUGACAGGAAAAAAAAGUGCCUUAAACCUUCAUUGUCAGGUUUAUAUGGCAUUGGGUAGUUGUGUCCACCAGGUGGUGAAUCUGUGUGGCUUGUCAAAUGCACUUUUUAAAAAUCUGUAUUUUUAAUUUAAUGAAACUGGAUUGUGUUGAAAUAUUUUUUAAAUUUGUAAACCAUUUUAGAUGGGAAGAAUUGACAUCAUGGCUGUGGAAAAAAAUAUUUUUUGAGCAUGUUCCUAUUUAAAUACAAACUUUAUAGUGUGAAAGUGUCUUAAAGUAUUCUCUGAAAUGUUGAUGUGUCUUGAUUUUUGUGUCUGAUGCUUUUCCUCAUUGUCUUUAUCUUAUCACACUUAUGUAUUGAGAUUAUGCACACAGUAAACUGGGAUAAAGUUACUCACUACUGUAAACAAAUAUACUAAAUAUAUGUAAAUGCAGUAUAUUAUAGAGGUAGUGUGUAUUUUGCCAGUACGCUUUUUUUUUUAUACAUUUUGUUUUGAAAAGUUGCAGUA